AUGGCCGACCAAGCUACACAGUCAAUCCCCGAGAGACCCAAGGACACUCCCGCCGGCGAGGCCGGUGCCGUCGCACCUGCCGAGGGCGAGAAGGGUCCUUCCAAGAGCGCCCUGAAGAAGGCAGCCAAAGAGAAGGAGAAGGCCGAGAAGGCGGCCAAGCGCAAGGCCGCCGAGGAGGCACAGAAGAAGGAGCAGGACGCCAAUGAUGUUUCGUCCGAGGACUACGGCGAGCUGCCCAUGAUCGGCUCCCAGGAAUACAAGCCCACUGGUGUCAAGCGCGUCACCCUCGCCCAGAUUGCCGACAAGUACAGCGAGACCACUCCCAUCGACGAGGCCGGUGGUGUUGAGGUCUGCUUCCGCGCCGUCGUAGAGAAUGCCCGCAACCAGUCCGCCAAGCUGUCUUUCCUGGUCUUCCGCGAGACUCUCAACACCAUCCAGGCUGUUGUUGCUGCCAGCGACUCGCUCAGCAGACAGAUGGUCAAGUUUGCCGGCAGCGUUCCCUCCGAGUCCAUCGUUCUGGUCCACGGUCUGGUCAAGAAGACCCCUGAGCCCGUCAAGAGUGCCACCAUCAGCCACCUCGAGAUCCACGUCAAGAAGCUCUAUGUUGUUGCAAAGGCCGACUCGCAGUUGCCCAUGCAGGUCUCGGAUGCUGAGCGACCUCUGCCCCUCGAGGGUGAAGAGGCCAAGGAGGACGAGAGCGGUCGUCCCAUCGUUACUCUCAACACUCGCCUCAACAACCGUGUCAUCGAUCUCCGUGGCAAGCACAACCGCGCCAUCUUCGCCAUCAAGGACGGUGUCACUGCUCUGUUCCAGGAGUUCCUCCGCGGACAGGGCUUCAUCGGCAUUCAGACCCCUAAGUUGCUCGGUGCUCCCACUGAGGGUGGUGCCAAUGUCUUCUCAGUCGACUACUUCGCUACCAAGGCCUUCCUCGCGCAAUCACCCCAACUGUACAAGCAAAUGAUGAUUGCCGCCCGCUUCGAGCGUGUCAUGGAAGUCGGCCCCGUCUUCCGCGCCGAGAACUCAAACACCGCUCGUCACUUGACUGAGUUCACCGGUCUGGAUCUGGAAAUGGCCUUCGAGGAGAACUACCACGAAGUCGUCGAGGUGCUCGAGAACCUGAUGCUUUACAUCUUCAACGGCCUCCGCACAAAGUACAAGAAGGAGACCGAUUUGGUGCGCAGCAUCUACCACGUCGAGGAAUUCAAGCUGCCCGAGGCUGGCAAGGUCCCUCGCAUUCCUUUCAGCGAGGGUAUCCAAAUGCUUCGCGACGACGGCCUCGAAAUCGGCGACUACGACGAUCUCAGCACACCCGAUGAGAAGCGCCUGGGCGCUCUGGUGCUCAAGAAAUACGGCUCCGACUUUUACGUCCUGGACCAAUUCCCCCUCAACAUCCGCCCCUUCUACACCAUGCCCUCGCACACCGCACCCGCCCACCAGAAAGACUCCACCGACCCUAAUGCAGGAUACAGCAACAGCUACGACUUCUUCAUGCGCGGUCAGGAGAUUCUGUCAGGUGCCCAGCGUAUCCACGACGCAGAUUUCCUCUGCAAGCGCAUGAAGGAGCAUGUGAGUCCUGUGGAUCCCAACAGCGAUGGCUUGAAGGAUUACGUCAAUGCAUUCCGCUAUGGAUGUCCUCCUCAUGCUGGUGGUGGUAUUGGACUUGAGCGUAUCGUCAUGUUGUGGUUGGGUUUGCCUAACGUGCGUUUGGCUUCGCUGUUCCCUAGAGACCCUAACCGUGUUGCUCCUUAA